AUGUUUGUGUGGAUUAGGAAUUAUCUAAUGGGAAGGUUUGCAACCCUUAGAGAAAAGGUAGAUGGUUAUAAAAGACAAAUAAUGACAAAACCAUUAAGGAGAUUAGAUAGUGAGAUUGAAAAAAAAAAUGCUAGUUGGACAGCAACUUAUGUUGGUAGAUUAACCUUUCAAGUCACAAAUAUAUUGUUUACUGAUAGCUUUGUAGUGGAUUUGGAAAAACAAACAUGCUCUUGCAACUAUUGGAAACUUGUUGGGAUUCCUUGUAGACAUGAUGUGGUUGCCAUACAUAGGAAAGUUCCAGUCAAGAAAAUUGUACUUGUUCCCUAUGGGAUACCACCAAGGCCAGUCAAGGGAUGCCCACCCAGGCCAGAGGGAUGCCCGUAUAGAUGA